GUCUCGCUAUCGAUGCCACGGGCGUGGCGUGUUGCAACAGCGGCGCAAACUGCGGGGCUGCCGGGACGGAUGAGAUGGACAAAUGGGACGUGAGCUCGGUGACGGGCAUGGGGUCCUUGUUUCAGGAUGCGACGGCGUUCAACGCGGACAUCUCGGGAUGGGACACGAGCUCGGUGACGGACAUGGAUGGAAUGUUUUGGGGUGCACAGGCGUUCAAUCAAGAUAUCGGAUCGUGGGAUACCUCCCAGGUCACGAAUAUGGCUUCCAUGUUCCGGGACGCCACGUCGUUUAAUCAACCUAUUGGCAACUGGACUACCUCGAAGGUCACGGAAAUGGGUUCCAUGUUUCGGAACGCCACGUCGUUCAAUCAACCUAUCGGCAACUGGAACACUUCCAAGGUCACGAAAAUGGACGGAUUGUUCUUGGGCGCUGGACGCUUCAACCAUCCAAUCGGUGACUGGGAUACCUCCAAGGUCACAACCAUGGCAGCAACCUUGUCUGCUGCCGCAUUUAAUCAACCGAUCGGUGGCUGGGAUACCUCCAAGGUCACGGACAUGUCGGGCAUGCUCAGCAAGGCUACCGCAUUUAAUCAACCGAUCAAUGACUGGAACGUCUCCAAGGUCACGAACAUGAUGGGAAUGUUCUAUGAAGCUACCUCGUUUAAUCAACCGAUCAAUGACUGGGACACCUCCCAGGUCACGAACAUGCAGUACAUGUUCGCUGCCGCCGCCGCGUUCAAUCAACCAAUCGGUGAAUGGAACACCUCCAAGGUCACGAACAUGGGAGAUAUGUUCAAUGGCGCCUCGUCUUGGCACGCUGCAUACACUAAUUGCGGCCACGAUGCUUCAGCGUCGGUCUGCCUCAGUUCCACGUCUUAUGCCAGCUCGAAUGGCACAAACGAUGGUCCCCCUUCUGCAUGGGUCCUUAUACCGAAGCCACCACCGCCACCACCGCCAUCCACGGCGAACACAACUUCACCGCCACCACCGCCAUCCACGGCGAACACAACUUCACCGCCCCCGCCGUCGCCACCUUCUCCCCCACCCAAACUCGUCACCGACGAGGACGACCACGCCGCGGGACUCACGGGCAUCCUCGUGGCUCUGGUGGCGACGAUUUUCAACAUGUUGUAAAUAUAAAUAAUCUUUUCUUCGCUU